AUGAAAUCGGUGCGCUUUGCCAUCGACUCUGACGAUACCACUCCCUCGGCACCGGCCCCAUCGACGGCGUCUACUUCGACCAUGGCGCGCCAACGCCAGAACAAGCCAUCUUGCGGUCCCGUGCGCAGUUGGUCUCUUCCACCGCUUUGCUCGUCGGGGGACGAAAGUUCCAUGCCACGUUCAGGCAACGACAACAGCAGUCGGCCGCUGGUCGCUCCAAAACACGCCCCUCGAACGACUAGCGGCGGGUCACCCGGGAUGAAGGGGUCGCCAGGCGGUGUUGAGCGAGAUAUUGAAAAGACGACGUCGGACGAAGCGACACGACUCAAGACGUACGCGGAGCGCCAGGAAAUCCUCAAGGCCUGCGCGGAAGAGAGGAAGUGGCAGGUGGAAGCUAAGCUGAAGGCUUUGCAUGCCCCAAAGACCCAAGCGUACAAGGACCAAAUGGCUCGGCGGCAAGCAGAGGAGACGAUAUGGUUAGCAAAUGAAUGGGCCAAGGCGGAGACGGAAGAGGCGGUCGAGCUAGAGCUGGCCAAAGCUCUCUGGGCCAAGGUGGAAACCUACCUCAUGAAACUGGAGGAACGACGGCGGCUCAUGGAGGCGGAGUUGGCGGCGAUGCGUGCCGACAAGAAGCGGGGCAUGGCACUUGAAUGA